AUGCAAAGCGAAAAAUACCCCACAUAUUUUGGUAGCAAAGCGAAGUUGGCCACACAGCCAGCUGAGGUCAAAUCAGUCGAAGGUCAAUCCAAUAUCAAUAAACCGAUUGAUAUAAAAGAAACCGAUCAAAAGCAAGUCAAAGCAUCGUUCAUCGUACCACCUGCUCCGGAUGAUGUGUUAACCAUUAAUGAAGAUAUUUAUCUGUCUGAAAUUGAUGAAUCACCAGCUAUAGCAUCAGCUAUUGUAAAGGUUACAGACAAGAAAGAUUUGUUUCCAAAUCCACCAACGCGCGUUAAAACAACCGUUUUUGACGAGUCUGAUUUUCUCGAUUCUAAACCAUCGCGACGAGCUCCACAUCCUUCAAUCCGUCGUGGUGAAGGCCAGCUAUCACAUCCUAAGCCAAACAAAUCUCAGCGACAAAUAAAAAAGUCAAAGGUCACCUCAAUCAACAAAGGGCGAUCAAUUAUUUCCGUCGAAAAGCCAGUAAAAAGGUCGUUUUUUAAUCGGCCAUCAUCACAAGGCCCCAAAAAACCUAUCGAAAGGAAAAAGCCAACUAAGGUUGAAGAGUAUCAACCUCAACCUUUGUCUAGUUAUCGCAUACCAAAGGUAGUUCGCACUCCUACCGAACCAUUCAAAAUUGACAGCAAAGUCAAUCCCAAUCUGGUAGUUCAAAUUGCAAACGAACGUUCGCGCGUAAGCGAACCAAACCCUGCUGUUCCUAUUAAAGAAAGGGUUGCUCUUCCGGUGCCCGAGCCAACAUAUGAACAACUGCGUGCAGCCUUUGAUUCGAAAAAGGCUAAAUUGCGUCGCAAAAAUAAAAAUCGCCGUGAACGCGCUAAACGUGACCGCAAUCUUCUAAAUCACAUUCUCGAAACCAAUAUCGUUCAAUUUGGAGACAAAAACCCAAUCGUUUCGAACGAAUAAUUAUAUUGAAUAAAAAUUGUUACACAUUCAAGAGUUAUACAAUUUCAAUAAAA